AUGAUGGAAGAGAACGAACAACCCGGGGAAGAUACAAGGAGUGAGAUUGCUGCCAUGCGAUCAGAACUGCAAGUGCUCAGGAAAGAGGUCAACAACACGAGAAUGGUUGAGACGGAAGAAUUUGGGGAACGCACAAACAACGAGAUUGCUGCAAUUCGAUCAGAACUGGGAGAGCUCAGGAAUGAGAUCAAAGAGAUAUUAGAAAUGGCAAUAACGCCUGAUGCAUAUUGGGGAUCUGCUUCAGGGGGUGCCCAUUACCGCCUUCAGGAUGACCCAAUGGAUCGUUCGAAUGUUAGCACUUCCCUCAUGAUGAGGGGCCGCUUGCGAGAGCACAUGGCGUGA